AUUUCCAAUGGUCUGACUGUUGUGUUUGUGUUCCUGUUCCUUUAGGGCGGAUGAGUGAAGUGUUUAAGGAUGUGGAUAAAGGCUAUAAUGGGAUGGAGAGGGCGUCAGUCACCCAGCGGCUGCCUAAAAGUGACAGCUACCCUCCCAAGACCCCUGGACUUCCGAUGGGGCCCACCAGUGACUACUGCCAGCACUCCUUGCAGCCAAUGGCCCAGCACCAUGAAAUGGCAAACUCAGCGAUAGAGUCUGCGCUGCCUGCGCCUCCACACUCGAUGUCGUCGCCUCCUCCGGCUGUGUCUGCGCCUCACCCUGUGGUUUCCACCCAUUCUAGGGUCUCUGCACCUCCUGCAGUGUCCACGCCUCCUAUGGGUACAUCAGGACCUCCUGUCGUUUCAUCCUUCUCUGUUACUUCUACGCCUCCCCGAAACUCAGCGCCUCCCAUGUCCUCUUCUCCAUCUCCCCCUGUGCUUGGACCUCCUCCAGGGCUAUCUUCGCCUCCUCUGAUGGUCCAAGGCAUAAGACCUUCUCCAGUGUCUUUGUCCACACCUCCAUCAGUGGCAUCUCCACCCUCGUCAGUGUCUGUACCUCUUCCCAAGCCACCUGCACCACCACUUCUACUGGACAAAUCCUCUAGACCUCCAGCUGUGUCUGCUCCCCACCCAGUCAGUGCUCCUCCCCCAGUGUCUGUGGCACAUCAGACUGCUCCCAUGACAUCUGCACCUCCUGCGAUGGUCUCUACUCCUACCAUGGUGUCUGCUCCCCCGCACUCCAUGUCUGCGCCUAUCUCUGCACUUCAGCAGAUGGUUCAAGGAUCCAGACCACCUCCUUUGACUUCCUCUCUCCCAGCUUUAUCUGGAGCUCCUCGAGAAAAGUUUUGGACUCCAUCAAGGUCUGCAGGUGCACCUCCCCCAACAGUUUCUGUCCCCCCCCCAGCGGUGUCUGCUCCCUCGGUGGCAGUCAGGCAAGCUUCCUUAGCAGUGCCCAGGCCUCCUUGGGCAGUCAGUGCACCUUCUAUAUCAGUGUCCUCACCUCCUCGAUCUGUGUCAAGAUCAGUGUCUGUGUCUGCAGUGUCCUCUUCUCCAAAGGAGGUAUCUAUGCCUCCUCUAACAGUCCAAGGACCUAAAGUUCAAGCCUCCAGAGUUCCUCCAAUGUCUGAGCCUCCUGCCUUGGUGUCUGUGCCUCCUGCAGUGAUGACUGCUCUUCAAAUGGUCCCCUCUAUGCCUCCUUCUGUCUCUGCGCCUUCCCUAUCUGUUCCUGCUCCUCCACAAGCCCCUAAACGGAUGGUUUCCCCUGAGCCAGAGGAGCGAUACAUGGGCAACAAGAAGGACCCCUUUGUAGAACCACCUGGAAAACCAGAGGAGAGUUCUUCACAGCCUAAAGUCGAGACAGUCAGAACAUCAUCAAAGAUGGAUGCCACCAAGUCUCUGACUCGUCAAUCUGAAAAACACUCACACAAACCCCUCACAGAUAUUCCUGGGACACCUCCGCCUCCUAAGGACCAAGAGAACUCCUCUGGGGACAAAAUGUGUGCAGAGAAAAAGGACACCGCUCCCCUGAGAGGCGCAUACACUCCCCUGGAGAGGAGAGGUCUGGAUGACACCAGUGAGACUGAGGAGUCUGCGGACGAGUUGUCGCAGGCGGUCUCCACGUGCCUCGACAACACCAGGAUGGAGAACUCCAGCCUCACUGAAGAGGAUGACGCCUGUAACGACUCGUCACUCAACGACACCUCUCAGUUUGGCGACACUUCUAGACUUCUAGGCGCUACCUCUCACAUGGAUGACAUGUCUCGUUUGGAUGACAGCUUCCGCGUAGAUGAUGAAACCUCUCGGUUUGAUGAUACCUCUCGCAUGGAUUAUGACUGCUCUCGAUUGGAUGUCAGCUCUCAAUUGGACGACAGCUCUCGCAUAGAUGGCGACAAAUCUCGAUUUGACGAUACCUCUUGUUUGGAUGACAGCUCUCGCAUGGAUGACACCUCUUGUGCGAAUGAAAUAUCACAUGUUGGUGACACUACAAUAGAUAGCAGCUUCUCUGUGUUGGACUCCAGGGACUUGACGCUGGAUGAUACCCAGACAGAGGACUCUUCCCAGGCAGAGGAGACCAUUGACAGCUGCCUGAGCACCAGUGUGUCCAUGCUGGAGUCCUCUCUGAACAACAGCUCUCAGAUGGAGGACUCCCGCGUUGAAUCGUCCCAGAAUGACGUCUCCCGGUCAAGCUCAAAUGGCCCUGCCAAACCACCCCCAGCCUACAAAGGUAAGAUCCUUGCCAAAGAUAUAUGACAACCUAUGUUUAUGUAAUUAAUUAGCUUAAAGGGAUAGUUCACCCAAAUUACAAAAUGACACAUUGGUUUCCUUACUCUUUAAGCAGUCUAUUGACAAAUUAUGACCGCAAUCCAUGCUUUGGUUUCCCAAACAUUUUAGCAUUUGUGGCACAAAUCAGAUUCAAGUCAUGGGACCGAUUUAUUAUACUUUUUUGCUCAUUUCCAAAUUAUCCAAAAGUAUCUCCAAUGUAUUGUGAAGCUCAACCAUGUCAUUUCCUGCUGAUUUGAACAUGAUACGACCGAGUUUAGCUUUUUUCUCGCAUCUAAAUCGCAGUGAAAUAUAUUGUCAAUAACAAAAAAUGUUUUUUUACAGCUGUUUGAAGCUUGUGGACCAAAACCGAAUGUAAAAGGCUCAACUCGCGCUUGAGCUUUUUAUGUUCGGUUUUAGUCCACCAGCUUCAAACAGGUGUAAAAAAACAUAUUUUUUGUUAUUGACAAUAUAUUUCACUGCGAUUUAGAUGGUACAAUGAUUCCCUACAAUAUUCAGUGCUUGUUUUCUCACAAACUGAAAUUGAGCUAACCGUGUAGAAUUCUUGCAACCAGGAAAUGACAAUUUCAACUAGAUAACACAGCCACGAAGUCAGAACAGCUUUCCCAUUUUGACAACAGAUGCCGCUCCGGCGGGCGAAAUCUAGGCGAAUAUCACAGCCAAUCACAACACUGGUGUUUAAGUAAUACUGUGAAACACUAUCAUUCCACUAUUACUGCAGAUACAGUAUAUUAUGGACAUUUUCUGAAAUUACAAUGUACAAAUCCUGUGUAGCAACUUUAAGUAAGAUCGUGUGUGGGUAGAUGGUUGGCAAUGUAGAACUUUGCAAGAAGAGUUGUGGGUUGGGUCUUGGAAAUUAGAGUUGAUUAAUUAUCAACUCUUAUCACAGCCAACCAUGGAAGCACUUAUUUUGUCAACCAACAGUAACUGUCAGUUAAUUUGAGGUUGUUAACCAUUAACCCUUCAUCUUAUGACCUCUUGACAGGGUCUGAAGGUGAAUGUGAGCCGGAGGGCCAGGAUAUACCAGACUCUGCUGGCUCCGCCAAGGCCAGUGCUGCUAGUAUCAUGGUUCCCCCUGUUAUCAUGGACAAAGACAAGCACACAGCGGCGCUCAGUGCCCUGGUGGGGAACCUGGUUGCAGCCCAACUCCUGCCCCGAGCCGCCCCAGCCUUGCCCACCACCAGCCAAAAGACAUCAAGGAAACCCAGGAAGCCACGCACUCUAGCAGCCUCUACUCCCGGUAAACCAACUUCUCUUUGUCCCUUUUUUGUUUUUAUGAUAUGUUUGAGCAAAGUUGUGUACAGUGGCCAAGCAAUGAUUUCUGACUUUCUAUUGUCAUUCUCUCCAGUUCCCCAGGUCCCCGGGCAAGCACAGCGGAUGUCCACUGUUAAAACUCCAAAGUUGGAUAAGAUAAAGGUGGCGAGGAAGAAGAAGCUUGAGAAAGGAGAGGUAGUAGAGAAAAAGGAAAAGGGACCACCAAGAAAGAGAAAGAAGAAGACAGAACCAGUAGCAGUCACAGUAGAGGUUGAACGUUCUGCUGACGGCCUACUUCCUGGUCAAAGUGGAUCAAUCACAACCAUCGGUGAACCAUGUCUGACCAGUGGCGAGACCCUGCCGGCCGUCAAACCCAAGAAGGUUAGGGUCAAGAAAGUCAAGAAUCUGGAACCGAUGCCACCCAAAAUAGCGAAAAUGGAUGUUGACACUAAACCCAAUGAUGAUGGCAAUAACGACAAUGACGGAGAUGACAGUUCCACUGCUGGUAAUGAACAAACAAACAAUUUUUAUAUAUAUAUAUAUUAUUUUAUCGUUUCUCUAUAUGUAUACUGAACAGAAAUAUAAAAGCAACAUGUAAAGUGUUGGUCCCAUGUUUCAUGAGCUGAAAUAAAAGAUCCCAGAAAUGUUCCAUACGCACAAAAAGCUAAUUUCUCUGAAAUUUGGUGCACACAUUUGUUUACAUCCCUGUUAGUGAGCAUUUCUCCUUUGCCAAGAUAAUUCCUCCACCUGACAAGUGUGGCAUAUCAAGAAGCUGAUUAAACAGCAUGAUCAUUACACAGGUGCACCUUGUCCUGGGGACAAUAAAAGGCUACUCUAAAAUGUGCAGUGUUUUCACACAACACAAUGCCACAGAUGUCUGAAGUUUUGAGGGAGCAUGCAAUUGGCAUGCUGACUGCAAGAAUGUCCACCAGAACUGUUGCCAGAGAAUUGAAUGUUCAUUUCUCUACCAUAAGCCGUCUCCAACGUCGUUUUAGAGAAUUUGACAGUACGUCCAACUCACCUCACAACUGCAGAACAAGUCUAAACCAGUCUUUUUUUUUUAAGGUGUCAUUCCCAGUCAUGGGAAAUCCAUAGAUUAGGGCCUAAUUAGUUUCAAUUGACUGAUUUCCUUAUGAAUUGUAACUCAGUAAAAUAUUUAAACAAAAAUUCAUUUUGUCUGUCAUAGUUGACGUGUACCUAUGAUGAAAAUUACAGGCCUCUCUCAUCUUUUUAAGUGGGAGAACUUGCACAAUUGGUGGCUGACUAAAUACUUUUUUCCCCCACUGUAGUUAUGACCCAAUGAUUAUAAACCAGGGAUCAUCAACUAGAUUCAGCCGCGGAUAUUUUUUAUUGUUGUUGAGCGGAUGGUCAGGUGGCCGGAACAUAAUUACAAAUAAUUUGUAGACUGCAAAUUGAACGCAAGAAGGCCAAACAGAUAUCAUAUUUGAAAAACGUAAUAAUUUCAAACCUUGCUUAAAUUCUUCUCUGCGUUGUUGUUUACGAAGCAUGUGACCAUUUUUUAAAUAUAUUUUUUUGCGAUCACGUAUACAGUAUCUCUCUCUCUUAUGCAUGGGAAUACUUUGGAACAGAUUUCCAAAAUUAAAGUCACUUGUAGCUGAUUUGCUGGUGUUUUUACAGUUGUAAAAAAAUUUGUGUAUACACUACCAGUCCAAAGUUUGGACACAUCUACUCAUUCAAGGGUUUUCUUUAUUUUUACAUUGUAGAAUAAUAGUGAAGACAUCAAAACUAUGACAUAACACAUAUGGAAUCAUGUAGUAACCAAAACUGUUAAACAAAUCAAAAUAUAUUUGAGAUUUGAGAUUCUUCAAAGUUGAUGACAGCUUUGCACACUCUUGGCAUUCUCUCAACCAGCUUCAUGAGGUAGUCACCUGGAAUGCAUUUCAAUUAACAGGUGUGCCUUGUUCAAAGUUAAUUUGUGGAAUUUCUUUCCUUAAUGCAUUUGAGCCAAUCAGUUGUGUGUGACAAGGUAGGGUUGGUAUACAGAAGAUAGCCCUAUUUGGUAAAAGACCAAGCCCAUAUUAUGGCAAGAACAGCUCAAAUAAGCAAAAAGAAACAACAGUCCAUCAUUACUUUAAGAUAUGAAGGUCAGUCAAUACGGAAAAUGUCAAGAACUUUGAACGUUUCUUCAAGUGCAGUCACGAAAACCAUCAAGCGCUAUGAUGAAACGGGCUCAUGUGGACUGCCACAGGAAUGGAAGACAUAGAUUUACCUCUGCUGCAGAGGAUAAGUUCAUUAGAGUUACCAGCCUCAGAAAUUGCAGCCCAAAUAACAGAGUUCAAGUAACAGACACAUCUCAACAUCAACUGUUCAGAGAGGACUGUGUGAAUCAGGCUUUCAGGGUCGAAUUGCUGCAAAGAAACCACUACUAAAGGACACCAAUAAGAAGAAGAGACCUGCUUGGGCCAAGAAACGCGAGCAAUGGACAUUAGACUGGUGGAAAUGUGACCUUUGGUCUGGAGUCCAAAUUGGAGAUUUUUGGUUCCAACCGCCAUGUCUUUGUGAGACACUGCCUGUGCUGGUGACACUGUCUGUGACUUAUUUAGAAUUCAAGGCACACUUAACCAGCAUGGCUACCACAGCAUUCUGCAGCGAUACGACAUCCCAUCUGGUUUGGGCUUAGUGGGACUAUCAUUUGUUUUUCAACAGGACAAUGACCCAACACACCUCCAGGCUGUGUAAGGGCUAUUUUACCAAGAAGGAGAGUGAUGGAGUGCUUCAUCAGAUGACCUGGCCUCCACAAUCCCCCAACCUCAACCCAAUUGAGAUGGUUUGGGAUGAGUCGGACGGCAUAGUGAUGGAAAAGCAGCCAACAAGUGCUCAGCAUAUGUGGGAACUCCUUCAAGACUAUUGGAAAAGCAUUCCAGGUGAAGCUGGUUGAGAGAAUGCCAAGUGUGUGCAAAGCUAUCAUCAAAACAAAAGGUGGCUCUUUGAAGAAUCUCAAAUAUAAAAUAUAUUUUGAUUUGUUUAACACUUUUUGGGUUACUACAUGAUUCCAUAUGUUAUUUAAUAGUUUUGAUGUCUUCACUAUUAUUCUACAAUGAAAAUAGAAAAUAGUAAAAAGAAAGGAAAGCUGGUACUGUGUGUGUGUGUGUGUGUGUGUGUAUGUAUGUGUAUAUAUAUAUAUAUAUAUGUAUGUGUGUGUGUGUGUAUAUAUAUAUAUAUAUAUAUAUAUAUAUAUAUAUAUAUAUAUAUAUAUAUAUAUAUAUAUAUAUAUAUAUAUAUAUAUAUAUAUAUAUAUAUAUAUAUAUAUAUAUAUAUAUAUAUAUAUAUAAUAUUUUGCUCAGAAAACUUGGGGGACAAAUAAACUCACCCGCGGGGCUGCCAGUUGGGGAACCCUGCUCUUAACCGAUGGUGAUGUUGAUGGAUGAGAGUAAUUCUGUACAAAUCUAAUUCUGCGGUCUUUGUUCCUUGUACAGGUGACACCCCCAGGAGGAGGAUAGCAACAGAGGAGCAGGUUCACUUCCCUCUGCUCCAUGGGUAAUGAUACAUACACUAGCGAAAAGCUCCCCUAAUUAGUGUGUCUCUGUGCCAAAUACUUCUAGUGUGUGGAAAGUGCAGAGAAUGUGAAAUGUCAGAAUAAUAGUAGAGAGAAUUAUUUAUUUCAGCUUUUAUUUCUUUCAUCACAUUCCCAGUGGGUCAGAAGUUUACAUACUCUCAAUUAGUAUUUGGUAGCAUUACCUUUAAAUUGUUUAACUUGGGUCAAAAGUUUCAGGUAGCCUUCCACAAGCUUCCCACAAUAAGUUGGGUGAAUUUUGGCCCAUUUGCUCUGACAGAGCUGGUGUAACGGAGUCAGGUUUGUAGGCCUCCUUGCUCGCACAUGCUUCUUCAGUUAUGCCCACACAUUUUCUAUAGGAUUGAGGUCAGGGCUUUGUGAUGGCCACUCCAAUACCUUGACUUUGUUGUCCUUAAGCCAUUUUGCCACAACUUUGGAAGUAUGCUUGGGGUCAUUGUCCAUUUGGAAGACCCAUUUGCGACCAAGCUUUAACUUCCGGACUGAAGUCUUGAGAUGUUGCUUCAAUAUAUCCACAUCAUUUUCCUUCCUAAUGAUGCCAUCUAUUUUGUGACGUGCACCAGUCCCUCAUGCAGCAAAGCACCCCCACAGCAUGAUGCUGCCACUCCCGUGCUUCACGGUUGGGAUGGUGUUCUUCGGCUUGCAAGCUAUCCCCUUUUUCCUCCAAACAUAACGAUGGUCAUUAUGGUCAAACAGUUAUAUUUUUGUUUCAUCAGACCAGAGGACGUUUCUCCAAAAAGUAUGAUCUUUGUCCCCAUGUGCAGUUGCAAACCGUAGUCUGUCUUUUUUAUGGUGGUUUUGGAGCAGUGGCUUCUUCCUUGCUGAGCGGCCUUUCAGGUUAUGUCGUUAUAGGACUCGUUUUACUGUGGAUAUAGAUACUUUUGUACUGGUUUCUUCCAGCAUCUGCACAAGGUCCUUUGCUGUUGUUCUGGGAUUGAUUUGCACUUUUCGCACCGAAGUACGUUCAUCUUUAGGAGACAACGCGUCUCCUUCCUGAGCGGUAUGACGGCUGCUUGGUCCCAUGGUGUUUAUGCUUGCGUACUAUUGUUUGUACAGAUGAACGUGGUACCUUCAGGUGUUUGGAAAUUGCUCCCAAGGAUGAACCAGACUUGUGGAGGUCUACAAUCUUUUUUCUGAGGGCUUGGCUGAUUUCUUUUGAUUUUCCCUUGAUGUCAAGCAAAGAGGCACUGCAUUUGAAGGUAGGCCUUGAAAUACAUCCACAGGUACACCUCCAAUUGACUCAAAUUAUGUCAAUUAGCCUAUCAGAAGCUUCUAAAGCCAUUACAUCAUUUUCUGGAAUUUUCCAAGCUGUUUAAAGGCACAGUCAACUUAGUGUAUGUAAACUUCUGACCCACUGGAAUUGUGAUACAGUGAAUUAUAAGUGAAAUAAUCUGUCUGUAAACAAUUGUUGGAAAAAUUACUUGUCAUGCACAAAGUAGAUGUCCUAACCGACUUGCCAAAAGUAUAGUUUGUUAACAAGAAAUGUGUGGAGUGGUUGAAAAACGAGUUUUAAUGACUCCAACCUAAGUGUAUGUAAACUACUGACUUGUGUGCUACUACAACUGUAUGUGCUGCUUCUACUGUGUGUUGAAUGUGGCUCUUAACUGACUUUUUAUUGAUCUGUGCUUUAGCUGGAGGAGGGAAAUCCGAGUCAAGAAGACUGAGGACCGGCUGAAGGGGGAGACCUGGUACUACAGCCCCUGUGGGAGGAGGAUGAAGCAGUUUCCAGAAGUCAUCAAGGUAAAUGGCCCUGAGUUACAGUAAAACAUCACCAAGGGAGUCGCACUGUACAUUUUUUGUGAGAGAAGGUCAGCAGCUAUAAAUAGCUCUUGAUACAGUGAGAUGUCUUUCCCGCUGGGCAUUUACCACAUCACACAGACACUUAUUUUGGGUGAGAUAUUGAAUGUGACCAGCGAAAUUAUAAGAGGACAUGGUUUUAGCAUACCAACAACUGUAGCUUCAUUUGAUCUUAUUUAUUUAACCCAUCAGUUGUGUGGAUCACUUGUGACUUGGUGACCUAUGACCUGGCUUUCUCAUGUUCCCCGGCUCUAAUGCCAAUGACCCAUGAUCCUGUUCUCCCUCAGUACCUGAACAGGCACAAGGACACCGCUGUGACAAGGGAACACUUCAGCUUCAGCCCCCGCAUGCCUGUAGGAGACUUCUACGAGGAGAGGGACUCCGCUGAGGUGUGUGUGGAUUUGUUGUCUGUGCUGACAGAUCUGUCAUCAUAAAUACCUAUAGUAAUAACUCAAUGCAGACUGUCAUAAACCCUAUUCUGACCGGUUUUGUUUUACUGGUGGAGGUCGGGUAAUUUAAUUAUGUGCACGAGCACAAAACCUAUCUGUAACAUUAGUCCCGUCUGAAUCUGCCAUGUCAGUCAUUUUUACGUGGCAGGUGAGUAACAAUUCCAGCCAGAAUAUCCUACUGUUUUUUUUGGGUCAACUCCAAAAUUAUUUGAUAAUACUAGUCCCGUGCGAAUCGACAUCCCUGUGUUUUCAGAGAAAUUUCUGAGUUUGACAGAUGUUGCUCACGGUUUGAGCAAGAAAACAAGAAAACAAUAUCCCCUUAUUGUACCUUUUUAAAUGUGCCUUUAGAGGCCAUGCAAUUCAGUACUCAUCUCGAAAACAAAAGCAAUUUAGGUCAAAAGAGUUUAUACUAACAAAGGAAAUAGAAAGUCUAACAGAACAGAUAGAUGGCAAUAAAAACUGGAACAUAGAGGCUCAGAAUAAAUUAGAGGAAAAACUAAAAGAAAUGGAGAAACAUAUUCAAGAAAGAUCAAGUGUAAUAUAUUAUACAAAUAAAGCAAACUGGAUGGAAUAUGGAGAAAAAUGCACCAAAUUCUUUUUUAAUCUUCAACAUAGGAAUGCUACCAAAAAUAAUUUAAUGAAACUGGUUACAAUUGACGGAGUAACCCAUGAUUUACCAAAUUAUAUUUUGAAGGAGGAAACAAAGUACUUUAAGCAUAUGUUUUCGUUUCAGUCGCCUCCAUCUCCUCUAACUGAAGCUAAUUGCAGAGAUUUUUUUCUAUUGAUAAUGUAAAAUUAACAGCCAAACAGAAAGACUCAUGUAAAUAAAUAAAUAAAUAAAUAAAUUGGUCAUUUAGCAGACGCUCUUAUCCAGAGCGACUUACAGGAGCAAUUAGGGUUAAGUGCCUUGCUCAAGGGCACAUCGACAGGUUUUUCACCUAGUCGGCUCGGGGAUUAGAACCAGCGACCUUUCGGUUACUGGCACAACGCUCUUAACCACUAAGCUACCUGCCGCCCCAUAUGUGAAGGUGAAAUUACAGAGGAGGAACUUCUGGAUGCAAUUAAAGACUUUAAGUCCGGGAAAACUCCAGGGUUGGAUGGCAUACCAGUCGAGGUAUACCAAACCUUUUUUGAUAUACUAAGAGGACCGUUAUUAGCAUGUUUUAACCACUCCUAUGUAAAUUGUAGAUUAUCUGACAUUCAAGAAGAAGGUCAGAUCUCAUUAUUACUGAAACAGGAUACAAGUGGAAAAUAUAAAGAUCCAGUCCAUUAAAAAAAUUGGAGGCCCCUUACACUUCAGUGUUGUGAUGCAAAAAUUCUAGCAAAAUGUAUAGCGCAUAGAAUAAAAAAGGUAUUGUCGGAUAUAUUCAUUCUAAUCAGACUGGUUUUUUACAUGGAAGAUACAUUGGAGAUAAUAUAAGGCAAGUAUUGGAAACAAUAGAACAUUAUGGAAAAUCGGAGAAACCAGGCCUGCUAUUCAUAGCAGACUUCGAAAAAGGCAUUUGAUAAAGUACGACGGGGGUUUAUAUACUGUAUAAAUGCCUGGAGCAUUUCAAUUUUGGAGAAUCUCUUAUAAAAUGGGUCAAAAUCAUGUAUAGUAACCCUAGGUGUAAAAUAGUAAAUAAUGGCUAUUUCUCAGAAAGUUUUAAACUGUCAAGAGGAGUGAAACAAGGUUGUCCACUAUCGGCAUAUCUAUUUAUUGUGGCCAUCGAUGUUAGCUAUUAAAAUCAGAUCCAACAAUAAUAUCAGGGGAUUAGAAAUCCAGGGUUUAAAAACAAAGGUGUCAUUGUACGCUGAUGAUUCAUGUUUUCUUUUAAAUCCACAACUAGAAUCACUCCACAGCCUCAUAGAGGAUCUAGAUACAUUUUCUAACCUCUCUGGAUUACAGCCAAAUUAUGACAAAUGUACUAUAUUACGUAUUGGAUCAAUAAAAAUUGUACAUUACCAUGUAGUUUACCAAUAAAAUGGUCUGAUGGUGAUUUGGAUAUACUCGGAAUACAUAUCCCAAAGGAAAUAAAUGAUCUCACUUCAAUAAAUUAUAAUAGAAAGUUAGCAAAAAUAGAUAAGAUCUUCCUACCAUGGAAAGGUAAAUACCCGUCAAUUUGUGGAAAAAUCACCCUGAUUAACUCUUUAGUGUUAUCCCAGUUUACCUAUUUGCUUAUGGUCUUGCCUAUGCCUAGCGAACAUUUUAUUAAAUUAUAUGAGAAAAAAAUAUUCCAUUUUAUUUGAAACGGCAAGCCAGACAUAAUUAAACAGGCCUAUUUAUAUAAUGAAUAUGAAUUCGGAGGGCAGAAAUUAUUAAAUAUUAAAGCAUUAGACCUAUCACUAAAAGCUUCAGUCAUACAAAAGUUAUACUUAAAUCCGAAAUGGUUCUCUAGCAAAUUACUAAGAUUCUCACCCAAUGUUCAAGAAUGGCCUUUUUCCCUUUAUUCAAAUUACAACCACUCACUUUCAGUUAUUUGAAAAGGAAAUCAUCUCCCAGAUAUCACUAUUUCUAAAACAAGCCACAGAAAGUUGGUUGCAAUUUCAAUUUAAUCCUCCAGAAACUACAGAACAAAUAAUGCAACAAAUAUUGUGGUUAAACUCAAAUAUACUAAUUGACAAAAAAACUUUUUUUUUGGACAAAAUGUUUAAAAAAGGUAUAAUCUUUGUAAAUGAUAUCAUCGGUAGAACUGGUGGAGUUAUGUCGCACAUGCAGCUAACAAAACAUAUGGAAAUGUCUGCUCUACCCAAAAUUACAACCAAAUAAUUGCAGCAUUACCGCAAAAAUGGAAGAGGAAAGUGGAAGGGGGAGAAAGUAAGGAACUUGUCUGUCGGCCUUGCAUUAAAGAACAUAAUUGGUUAAGGAAAACUGUGAUAAAUAAAAAAGUAUAUCAGUUUCACUUAAGGACCAAAGAAUUGACAGCCGUCCCAUAUAGAUUGCAAAAUAGUUGGGAAGAGAUCUUUGACGUACCGAUCCCAUGGCAUAGUGUUUAUGAACUGACAUGCAAAACGACACCGGAUUCAAAAAUUAGAAUCUUUCAAUUUAAAUUAUUAUAUACAAUUCUUGCUACCAAUAUAAUGUUAUUUAUAUGGGGGAUACAAUCUUCCCAGCUCUGCAGAUUUUGCUGCGAAGAGACAGAAUCAUUAGAUCAUUUGUUUUGGUACUGUCCAUUUGUAGCUUGUUUUUGGACACAGGUCCAGGAAUGGCUAAAGGAUUGCAAUAUUUACCUGGAGCUAACCCUGCAGAUAGCACUACUGGGUGAUCUGAAAAGUCAUAGUCAAUCGAUCAAUAAUAAUAAUAAUAUUAGCAAAAAUGUUUAUUUUCAAUUCACAAUCUGUAGAAACAAUGAGAAUAGAAAGGUUCAGAACUUUUGUAAGACAUCACCGUACAGUUGAAAUAUAUAUGGCAAAUAGAAAUCCUGUAAGGAUUGUGUUAAAAGAUAGAUGGGAGGUAUUGAAUGGAAUUGAAGGAUGGGACUAAUAACAACUAACAACAAACAAUAACAAGAUGACUAAUAAUGUAAGCAUACUGUGUCCAUAAUAAGUGUAUGGGUUGUAGGUUGGGAGCUUUUGUGAAGGAGCACAGUUAGAAAGAUAUGGCAUAUAGAAGCAAACCGGAUGGACAUCAUGAAAAUGAUCGGAGAGGUUGAGAGUAGAAGUAGUUCAGGAGAAAGAACAAACAAAAUUACAUUUACAUGUAAUUAUUGUAAAAUUGACUGUGUCCAUAAAAUGUAGAUAGUGGGUAUGGGCUGGAAGUAGAGGCCUAGGCGUUGGAGUAAACUAGUGAACAACAAGUGGGGAAAGGGUGGCGGGGUUGGAAAGUAAUAAAGGGGAAUAUAUAUAUUUUUUUAAAGGAUAUGUAUGUAUGUGGGUGUGUAUAUGUUUAAAAAAUACACAAAAAAGAAAAGAAAAAAGAAAACAAUAACUGAUUCGAUAAAUUGAAUGAAGUGCUGCGCAUAGCCUAUAUAUGAAGGGCCUACGUGUAUGAACUUUUACAGUGAAUGCUUUUGUAUAUACGCUUUGUGCGAAUGAUUUGAACAUCGCCAAAAUGCGUCCUAAAAAAAAGAUUGUGCCUAUUUAAUGCAACCCUUGCUCUUAAUAUAUCGCAAAGCAGCAUUACAACGGACCUCAUUUACAGUACAUGUUCUCAUCCAUAGCUUAGAAACGCAGAUCCAGUUGACGUGUGCUGUGUAGCUCACAUCUGAAGGCUGGGGGGCAUUUAGGACGUCUUCUACUGCUGAUCGCUAAAAUAUCCUAAUGAUUACGAUCACACUUCCUCAAUUCAAAUAUUUUGGCGACACUAUACCAAAGAUGGUUUGGUAUGGUUUAGAGACUUGGGAACCAAUCUUGAGUUAUCUGUGUAGCCCUGUUAUCGCCUGGACUUGUUGAAAUAUCUUCACGCCUAGAUAAAGACCUCCAGGCUUCCGUCAUAACUGUCAAUUUAUAAAAAAGUAACAAUUAUAGAGGGCAGUUUGGAAAAAACAAAUCCAGUCCGAAUCGUCCUCUGGAAAAAAUACAUAACCAACGUUCUCUAGUAAUACUAGUGCGGAUAGGGCUGUAGUGUAAUAUCAUAAAGAAGACGCAUUUCCCAUAAACCUAUUCAUAUGAUCUCCUCCAGGGAGUGAAAUGGUGCCUUCUGGCCAAUGAAGAGGUGCCCUCCAUGAUCAUGGCCAUCACGGGCCGACGCGGCCGACCUCCGAACCCUGACAAAGAGAAGCCCCGCCCCCGAGCUCGGCGCACCAAGGGCGGGCUAGUCCGAAAGCCCGGCAGGCCGCCCAAACCAAAGAUGGUAGACCUGCUCAGCAAGGUUGACGCCAGAAUGCUGGAGAGGCUGGAGGCCAAGGGUGAGUGGGCAUAGCCUGGCGAAAUGAGUCUGUGUUCUCUGGUUGGAAAGUAGGCCACUAUACAGACUGAUUCAAUGGCAAGACAGGAUCAGAAACAUCAUAUUAUAGAAUAUGGCUGCAUCAAAAAGCUUCUAUUAGGUUGGGGUUUUGACGUCUUGAAUGUAAAUGUUUGAUCUUUAUUUUUAGAAGCUCUGACUGAGGAGGACAAGGAGAAACUUGUCAAAAUCAAGAAGAAAAUGAAGAGAAAGGUAUGGUAUACCAAGUAUCAAAAUCUGAAGACUAAAAUUGCAUGUUGGUGGUGUUUUCAGGUUGCCUCCAACACACUAAGUCAAGUUGUUCCUCUCUUCUAGGCAAGGAUGAAAAGAAAGGAGGAUAACAAGAAUAAGAAGAUCCGACAGGAGAAAAAGCAAGCGAAGGUAAGGAUUUCUUUUUUUCUGACCAAAACACUAAUCGGUCUCCCUCUUUAUCUAACAAACCCCUCACCUCCUGUGUUCCCUGUGCUCAGCUUGACAAUGCAAAUGAGACCAAGGACCAGGAGGAGGUGAAGGCUGAACCAGCCGACCAAGAGCCCCCACAGCCUGCCCCCCCACAGCCGCUCGCCCCAGAGCCCAAAAAGCGUGGCCCUAGGAAGAAGAAAGCUGAGGUGCCUUUACCGGUUGUGGAGACGGACCAGGAGAGGGUGGCCCAGGGGAAGAGAGUGCUGGGGGCCAGGAGUAAGGCCAAGGCCCUGGCUAAGGCCCAGGCAGAGGCGGAGGCUGCAGCCCAGGCGGCCCUGGCAGCUAAGAAGCAGGUGGAGAGGAGGGCCCAAGCCCAGAGACGGCUGGAGGAGAGGAAGAGACAGCAGAUGAUCCUGGAGCAGCUGAAGAAGCCCACUGAGGACAUGUGUCUCACAGACCACCAGCCCCUUCCGGAGCUGUCUCGGAUCCCUGGCGUGGUUCUCUCUGGCAUGGCCUUCUCCCACUGCCUGGCUGUGGUGGAGUUCCUGCACAGCUAUGGCAAGGUUCUGGGCCUGCACAUCCCCAGGGACGUGCCUAGCCUCAGCACACUGCAGGAAGGCCUCCUGGGCCUGGGAGACAGCCAAAGCGAGGUCCAGGAUCUGCUCAUCAAGCUGGUGGAGGCCGCACUACACGACCCAGGCCUGCCACCGUACUACCAGGUGUGUAUUGUGGACUGUAUGGAGCUAGUAUUGGAGAUGGGUGUUCCUGAUUUUUUGUUUGCCAAAGUGCUGUCUCCAUGUUGACAUUUUACUGUUAGCAAUAGUUUACCAUUUAAAAAAUGUAGCUGUACAUUGCAUGUAAACGCUACUUCAACAGAUGAACCAGUUCAACUUAAAAAAUCCCCCCCCCUCUCCCUUCCCCCUCCAGUCGGUGAAGAUCCUAGGGGAGAAGCUGGUGGAUCUGGAGCUGACUCGCAGCACGGUGUCCGAGGGCCUGAGAAUCUUCCUGGAGUCCCACGGCUUUGACAUGGAGGUGUGCAACGUGCUGCGGACCAAGACCUUCCACGCCCUCAGCCCCGACACAAAGGCUGCUAUCCUGGGCUUCCUGGUGGAGGAGCUCAACGGUAGCAACAUCGUCAUCAGGUCAGGGUGACAAUACACAGAGAGAAACUAAGGAGCUGCUAACAACCGUCAUGCCCUCACUACCAUUACUGCUGAUAUUUGCUUAAUGAAGUAUCCUAAGUAUGAUGCAAAUAUUUUUGACAAUGGAAAUGUGUCAAAAGAAACCCCUUCUGGAAAGGAUUUCCCACAUUUAAGUGAUACCUGUUUGUAUGCUUUUGCAUUGCAGUGAAAUUGACAACACACUGGAAAACAUGGCUACUUACAGGAAGAACAAGUGGAUCAUCGAGGGGAAAUUGCGCAAGUAAGACCAGUCACGGCUCCUUGAAUUUAGAUUUGUCUUAGUUUGUGGAAGGAGUGUGUGUGAUACCACUGACGUGUGUGUGUGUGAGUGAUUGAUAUCUCAUGUGUGUAAUCUGACGUGUGUGUGUGCUCCCACAGACUGAAGGCAGCUCUAGCACGGCGUACGGGGCGGUCUGAGGAGGAGCUGUGUCUAGAGGAGAGGAGGCGCAGUGCCAGGGUAGCAGAGGAGGAGAACCUCAGUCUAGAGGAGAGCGGCCCCAUGGAGAGGGGUCGCCGCGCACCCAAGGAGGAGCCCAAACUCGGCGACGUACGUGUGUGUGUGUGUGUCAGACUCAAUGUGGUGGUGAGGAUGUCUGUGCUAUACUCACCAAAUGUCCUUUCCACAGACUGACAGCCCCACCAACGCCAGCGUUCCAGAGUUGGAGAGGCAGAUCGAUAAGCUAACUAAGGUAAGGCUAACAUACUCUGCAGUUCAUCUUCCGCAUUAGUUUUUUCUGUCGCGUCUAUACUGCAUCCGUCAGUGUAACUACAUUGUGUGCGCAGUUCUGGGUUGUUUUGAAUGAGCAAAAAGUCACCCUGAGUAUGUUCUCUCCUCCACAGCGGCAGGUGUUUUUCCGUAAGAAGCUGCUCCAGUCGUCCCACUCCCUGCGUGCGGUGUCUCUGGGCCAGGACCGGUUCCGCCGGAGAUACUGGGUCCUGCCCCACCUGGGAGGGGUGCUGGUGGAGGGGCCUGAGGAGAUCCUAGGUGAGUAACAGAGCAACUGCCCUCAACCCUCUGCUAGCCAACAAAAAAAUCUUUAGCAUAUUUUUAUUGACUCUAAAUAUAUCUCUCCUCUCUCUCUUUCUCUCUCUUCUCUGUCUGGUAGCAUCAGAAGAUAUCCUGGUGAAGGAGGUGCCCAUCACUCUUCUGAAGAGGGAACCCAAAGUGGAGGAGACGCCCACUCCCACUGCCCCCCUCCCCUGCUCUCCCUCUCCCCCUCCCAAGUCCCAGACCUCCCCCCCACCCGAGGAGGACCCCCUCCCGGGCACCGCCUCUCUCAUGAGCAGCCCCAGGGCCCGGGGUCGCCCCCGCAAGAUCAAACCAGAGGUGGAGCUACACCUCCGCACUGCCAAGUGUCGCAGCCGUCGCCGUAGCAGCAAGUCUGGCAGGGAGGAGACUGGGCCAAGAGUUGCCCCGGAGACCACCACCAACGGAACACAAGACCUCACUCAGUCCGCUUUCCACAACUGGCUCAGCCAGUCGCAGGGUGCCAUAACUAAUGGGACGGAGCCAGCAACAAGGGCGGCACCUGAAGGCAGCCAACCAGAGGACAGUGUGAAGGAGAUGGCGGAGAAACAAGGGCAGUGGUUCAACUUGCUGCCCAAACAGCCCUGUGACAAAACCUCUCUGACAGAACCCCAGACCCCCCCCAGCACGCCCCCCAAACGCCUCCCUCUGACCCCCAGCACCCUGCCCGCCCUCGCUGCACCACUGCUGCAGGUGAGUCCCAACCUCAGUCCCCCUCAGCCCCUUGCGCACUAUCCAGGACCCUCAUGGGAGAGAACACUCUACAUACAUUUUCAUAUGAUCUCUUAUUAUGAUCUCUUUCUCCCUUUCCCUCUCCAGUCUGUCCCAGCCCCCUCGGACUCCCCACCCCAGGUGACCCCUACCCAGACCCCCACCCCAGCCAAACCGGGGCGCAGGCGGAGGAGGGGCAGCAGGGGCAGCAGUCCCGCCCGUAGGGUUGGAGCUAGAGGGGCUGCAGCUAAGCGUCGUGGCCGCCCUCCUUCCACACUCUUCCAGGAGAUAGAGCAGCAGUACUUCACUCAGCUCGUGGUCAAGCCCAUUCCAGCAUGUAAGCCUUCAAUCCUUUCAGUUCAAGCCCAUUCCAAAACCACUGUAGUGACAUGUAUUGAAUUUCCUCACUGUGGUUUCUGAUUAGACUUGUCAGCAAUGUAAACAUGCUGCAAUUUGAGCUGUUGAUUUGGCUAACAUGAUUAUGUAUGGUUAGCCAAAGUUGCUAGCAUGUUCUACAAGAUGUAAUCAGUAGUGGUUGGCCGAUAUGGCUAACAUGGUUACCUAACAUGCUAUGCUAGGUGUGAUGCGGGUGUCUAAUGUGUGUGCUGCUGUUGUGUUAGUGAUGGUGCGUGGCUGGUGGUGGAUCAAGGAGCCAGAGGAGCUGACAGCCACCCUGCAGGCCCUGCACCCGCGAGGCAUCCGGGAGAAGGUGCUCCACAAACACCUGUCCAAACACAUGGACUACCUGGCUGAGGUCUGCACACGGCCCAUCAACGGUGAGGAAAUGAACACUGGUCACUCAGUCAGCUAUAGGGAAAGAUGCGGAUAUGAAAAGUCGCAGUGUGUGUCAGAUUGCUUGUGUUUUAUAGUGGAGCUGCUUUUGACAUCAAUGAGACUUGGUUUAAAUAAGGUUUAAAAAGUAUGGUUUUGUAAUGAAUGGAAACUGGAUGAUGACACUUAUUUCCUUGUAUACCUUUCGCUCUCUAUCCCUUCACCCUGUCCUCUCACCAGACCCUAUAUUCCAGGUGAAGGUGGAGGAGGGCGAGGCCCUGCUGGAGGCCCUGCAGCAGCCGUGGCAGGUCCAGGAGCGGGCCCUGGAGACAGACGUUAGCGCCCUCCGCUGGGUGGAGGACCUGGAGCAGAGGGUCAUCGCCUCGGACCUGCACCUCAAGGUGAGGCGCCAGGGGGACAGUGGGGCCGUGUUGCAAUAGUCUAAAGUGGCUUCAUGUCUUUGGUUCCAUGCCUUUCCCUACACAGACCUGGAAAUACAAUUGGGGGAGAGGAGAUUCCCAAAUAAGUCACCCCCACAUUUACAGAGUUUUCAGAUCUGUGCUGACCAAGUCGAGGAAGACACUUUAGACUGUUGAGAUGCACCCAGGGAUGCAUGGGUAGAGUGGGUGGUCGUUAGUAAAGUUGGAUAUGCGUUUGGUUUUGGAAUGUCCAGAGCUUAAUCGUUUUUGUCAAGUUUUACUAUGGCUGCAGUUGCACUGAAUGUCCAGAGGGUGGCGUAGGUGGGCUGUGCUGCUGUAGUUCGUACAGAGUGACUGUGUCCCCCCCUCCCAUGUCGUAGUGUCAUGCAAAAAGAGGUCACACUCAUCACAUCACAUGUCCAUGACUUAUAUUUCAAGAUGGCUCCCCAGAAUGGAAGGAGUGACACUGACAAUAGCACGGAAACGCCAGGCACAGGAUUCCAGGUACAAACCAGGUUUUAGAUCUACUGUUCACACAUCCUCACCCUGCUUUAAGAUCUACACUCGUUCACAAGUCUUCAUGUUUCCCCUUUUCCUCCUCACCCUGCUUUAAGAUCUACACUCGUUCACAAGUCUUCAUGUUUCCCCUUUUCCUUUAGAAUUCUUUCUGUCACAAUUCCACUUUUCCUACACCUCUUAAAAUGACAUGGAGACAUCCCAAAUGUCAGAUAAUGUGUAGAAUUCUCACUUUAACACCCCUGCUCCUAACUGUUUGAAGUAAGAGCUGUCUGUCUCUAUGCUCCUUAUAUUCACCCUGCCUCUGUCCUUUUUAGGGGCCUGCUGUAAUGUUGUUAAUUAGUUUGCGGUGUAAAAAAUGUAUCGUUUGAUGUCUGCACUUGAUGUCGCUUACCUUACCUCACAACCCUUUGAGUCUUUCUCUAGCUUCAAAGUCCUUUGCUAACUGCUUUUUGGUUGUCGAGAACUGUAAUAUAAUAUUUUCUGUCAUUCUCCUCCAUCCCCUCAGCCCUACACGGUCCCAGAGGCGGACUCCACGCGUGACGACCUGCAGUACUACGAGCAUGACGCCGACCCCCGGGACGACUGGAUCGUGCGGACCAAGAAGGAGUGGUCGGACCUGCCCCGCGUGGCCAGCCACCCGCUGGACCUGGCAGUGCUUCGCCUGGCCAACCUGGAGAGGAACAUCGACCGGCGCUACCUGAAGGAGCCCCUCUGGAACCUGGCCGAGGUGGUGCGUCUCGCCCCCCUCACCCCGGAGGAGAGCCAGAUGGGCCAGAUGGACGUCAUGAGGUGAGAGGGAAGGGACAGGGUCGAAGUCAGGCUAGGGGUCAGAGGUCGGAAAGGGUGGAGUGGACGGGAGCGUGAUUUAGUCAGAAUAGGAUGGAUUCGAUUUGUGUAGCAUUUCGUCUAAUUGCUCAUAGCACUUCAGAGCGAUUUAAACCUUUUUCUCACUUCAGCUCUUAAUUGUGUUUAUUAACCCCUGUUUCUGUCAUCUCUUCCCCCCCCCCCCCCCCCCCCCCCCCCCCCUCUCUCCAGUCUGGAGAGUGAGAUCACCUCCAGGUUGCGGACAUGGCGUCAGGCCCUGGACCGCUGUCGGAGCGCCCCCCAGCUGUGUCUAUGUCUGCUGCAGCUGGAGAAGGCCAUCGCCUGGGAGAGAUCCGUGGUCAAAGUGGUGAGGACAAACCCACUAGCAAUGCUCAAUAUGUACACUGAGAAUAGAAACCAUUGUUAUAAAGGGAGGGAUGGAUGUAGGUGAAACAAGCAAUAUAGAACAUUUGCUGAUGAGACCCUUUAGCAGACACUUUGAUCCAAAGCAGCUUCCAGUAAACACAUGUAGUAUAUUAUCAUAGUCUGAAAGACAGCAACAGAAAGUUUGUCUUAAAGACUACCUGUGUGUUGGUUUGUUGUUGUAGACGUGUCAAGUGUGCAGGAAGGGGGAUAAUGAUGAGUACCUGCUGCUGUGUGACGGCUGUGACCGCGGCUGCCACAUGUAUUGCCUGAGGCCAAAGGUCACCCAGGUGCCAGAGGGGGACUGGUUCUGCCCCACCUGUGUCUCCAAGGUGAGGACUGACUGGGGCUCUGCUCGGCUACCCUUAUGGACCACAGCAGUGGUCACUGGUCACCUAAAGGGCGAUCCACAGCUUACUCCGUAGUUUAAAGGGCGUGCCUGCGUUUGCCAGAGUCUGAUUUUUGGGGAUCAAUGUAUACCUUUUGGUAACGUGAUACUUCGCUGGUCCAUGCGUUCCUAGACUCCCAAAAAGCAACAUUCACACGGGCGAUAGCAGUGAUUUUCUUGUCUUCCCUUGCUAGCUAGCUGGCUAGAAACAGCAAGCUAGCUAGCCUUUUAGCUUCCCAAAUCACCAUGUGAAAUAAUCUGAUUUAUAAUAAAGAAUUAUGCCCUGGCUAACCUACAACAUUAUAACCUACAAAAUUGUAACCUACAACAUUGUGACCUACAACAAUAUCCCAGUUUGAUAUGCUGCUUGAAUGUAUUCGCUCCCAUCUAAGCUAAAAAUAGAAUGUCAUAAUUUUUGCUCAUGUUGUAAAAGCACAUGGCUAACAGCUGUUUUUACCCUUUUAAAAUAACCUAGAAUCACAUAGUCACAUAAUCAUUUAGUUUUAUUUAGUUGUAUUUAUUUGCACCAAAGAAAAUAAGUGAUAGACAACAAUACAGAUAAAAAAAUUAAUUUCAAUUAAAAUAAACGAUGUGCAGGUGUGGUUGGAAGCCUAAGAGCUUAUAUGAAAACCACACCACAAAAAAACGAUAUACAAUACAUAAGUACAAAAAUAAAAAAGGUUUGAUAAAACAGAUAACAAAACCUACUAAGUAUAAAUGAAUUGAUCAGUAAUCACAACAACAACAAACAAAACAAUAUAUAUAUAUAUAUAUAUAUAUAUAUAUAUAUAUAUAUAUAUAUAUAUAUAUAUAUAUAUAUAUAUAUUUGUUUUGUUUAAAUGUGAGUGUGUGAGAGUUAGGCUAUAAGGAGGAGAUUAUUGAGUAGUUUGGUUCAUCAGGCUGACCCCCAGAAGUUAUUGAGGGAUGAUGUUUUGGAAAUGUGAAGAUAAUUAUAUAGAUUGAAUUCAGAAUCAACCUGGAAGAAUCCAUUGAAGGGUUUAGGUAAACGGUCUGUGAGGUAUGAGUAUUUGUAGAUGAAAGUGCAUAAUUAGCGUACAUUAAUGUCGUAAAUUGACAAGAUAUUGAGUUUCUUAAAUAAAGGUGCAGAUGGAGCCAGGUAAUUAGGAGGUGGCUAGUCUUAAGAAUUUAUUUUGUAUAAUGAGUAAUUUGUGUAGGUAGGAGGCAUACUGUAUGUACUGGCCAGUAAAUGAAAUAUGGGUAAAUGAAGCUAUAGUAUAGAGUUAGCAAGCAAACCACUAAUCUUUCUGAUGAUACCAACAGAUUUCAUCACUUUGCUGCAGUCAAAUGUAAUAUGAUCUUUCCAUGAUAACUUUUCAUCAAUUAAAACUCAGAGGAAUCUAGUGGAUGUGACUUGUUCCAUUUCAUUCCCACCUGUUGAGAUUCUGGCUUAAAAAAUAUAUAUAUAUAUUUCUUAUUCUUACUAGUGAAUACAAUAAAGUUGGAUUUGUUAGCAUUUAAAGUGAAUUUGUUUAUCUGGAACCAUUCAGAAAAUGUGGCCAUGACUGAUUUGGCUUCAUUAAUUAGUGAUUCAAAAUUCUUGUGUGGUAAAAUCAAAUUGGUAUCAUCAGCAAAGAGAAUGGGAAGUACGGUAGAAGACACAGCAGCAAUGUCAUUGAUAUAGAUUGGGAAUAAAAAAGGCACGCCACAGGAUAUUUUGACCCUGGUAGAUGCACAGCCGUUUGCAUAAACACAUUUUUCUUUAUCAUAAACAUAACUAUAUAGGCAAUUAUAUGUAUAAUCAUGAAAACCGUAAUAAUAUAAUUUAGAAAAUAAUAUUUCAUGAUCAACCGUGUCAAAUAGUUAUUACUUCUAAACAAAAUAUAUUUUUUGGGGGGGGGGAUUCUAAUAAGGCUACAAUGUUGUUUGGUUUAUUCUUUGAACAGUCGCUGAGAUUAUAUUUGGUUAUCUAAGCAAAAUAGGCUAUGUAUUUGAUGCAUAGUCUAUAGAGAAGAUCAAGGAACAGCGUUUAUACUUUCAUCACUUUUGUUUUCAGAUUUGUAGCAACACUGGUACUUAUUUUCAGUGGUGGAAAAAGUACUGUGUUGUCAUACUUGAGUAAAGUAAAGAUACCUUAAUAGAAAAUGACUAAAGUGAAAGUCACCCAGUAAAAUACUACUUGAGUAAAAGUCUAUAAAUAUAUUUGGUUUUUAAUAUACUUAAGUAUCAAAAGUAAAUGUAAUUGCUAAAAUAUACUUAAGUAUCAAAAGUAAAAGUAUAAAUCAUUUCAAAUUCCUUAUAUUAAGCAAACCAGAUCACACCAUUUUCUUGUUUUUUUAAUUUACUGAUAGCCAGGGGCACACUCCAACACUGACGUAAUUUACAAACGAAGCAUUUGUGUUUAGUGAGUCCACCAGAUCAGAGGCCGUACGGAUGACAAGAGAUAUUCUCUUGAUAGGUGUGUGAAUUUGACCAUUUUCCUGUCCUGCUAAGUAUUGAAAAUGUAAUGAGUACUUUAGGGUGUCAUGAAAAAUGUAUGGAGUAAAAAGUGCUUCAUUUUCUUAAGGAAUGUAGUGAAGUAAAGGUUUUAAAAAAUAUAAAUAGUAAAACACAGAUACCCUAAAAAACUACUUAAGUAGUACUUUAAAGUAUUUUUACUUAAGUAUUUUACACCACUGCUUAUUUUUUUUAGCAGUUUAAAUUUGUAGAUGUAAAGUUAAUAAUUUUGUUAAACAACUUGUGCCGAAACAGGAAGCAAAUAGAUUUUUUUGCUUCCAUUUCAACCAAGCAAGUUUGGUGGUAAAAUACAGCUUCAUUGUCUACACAACAUUGCCCCCACCGCAGCGCAAGGAAUUAUCUGUUCAGUUUCCAAAUUAUUCUUUUAAAAAUAUUUUUCUAUUGCAGAUUUGUUAUAUAUAUAUUUUUUUUAACAAAGAACAGCUACAACCCACCUACCCCAGUCCCACCCUCCUUUCCACCCCAUAAAAAAAAAUACUAUUAAUGUAAGGUGCAUACAUGUUGUUUAGAAAACUAUUAAUAUCUUCAUGUCAUAAAUGAGCCGCCCAUUUUGUGAAGAAAAACGACAUUCACAUACUGCGUUGAGUUUCGUUUUGUUCCAGUCUGCCGAGCCUCUAACCAGGGGGGAGGGGUCAGAAGGGUGAUGCGUAGAAAAUAGACAUCUGCAUAAAAGGAAAACAAUGUAUAAAACUCUCUAUAAUAGUAUUUUUAAAUAAGUUAUUUUUUAAUAUAUAUAAUAGAAAUAGCUUUUUUUUUAAGGAAAGAAAAAUAAAAAGAGUAGAAGUUAAGUGUGAAUAAAUUGUUCAGGUAAUCUUACUAGUCAUAUUAGAAGGAAUAGUGUAUCUAUUGCCAUAGAUGCUAGGUCAACUAACUGUAUCAUUCUCAAUCUUAACUGUAUGGGAGACAAAUCAGAAAGGUUAUAGCUAAAUGUAAUUGUUUAUACUUAUUUAAGUGUAGUAAUUGUUCAUUCAGUGGGAAGGGUAGAGAGAUGAUCGUUACAACUGCAGAGGACAUCAUUUUCAUAAAGGUCUUUAAAGCUUAUCAAGCCUUUGCUUUUCCACAUACAAAAGGCAGAAUCCAAAGAUGAAGGGGGGAAGAAAUAAUUUGUUGCAAAUGGGUCCCAGUACAGAGGGGCCUUUAAAACCAAAAUGGUUCCCAAACUGUGUCCAGAUUUUAAGAGAAGAAACUACAACCGAAUUAGAAGUAAAUUUGGAUGCUGUAAUGGUCUAGUGGAGCUAACAAGGGAAGAGAGAGAGGAAGGCGGCAGGACCAAGCUUCUAGAAGGCACCAGUCGGUCUCAGGGGCAUGAAGCCAAAAUGUGAGUUUCUGAAUGUUGGCAGCCCAAUAAUAGAAUAUGAAAUUGGGUUACGCUAAACCACUUUCUGAGUGGUUUAUUUGAAGCGUUAGUUUUUUUGAUUCUGGGAGGUUUGCUAUUCCAGAUGAAGGUAGAUAUCAGCUGCUCCAGAGAUUUGAAAAAGCCCCUUUCAAAAUUUGAGCGGAGCAAAACUGAGUUGAAAGUGAGGUAGGCAGGCCUACGUACUACAAGGAGCCGCCCAUUUUGUGAUGAAAAACGACAUUCACGUACUGGGUUGAGUUUCGUUUUGUUCCAAUAUGUAAAGUGUGCCGAGCCUCUAAUCAGGGGGGAGGGGUUCAGAACAGUGAUACAUUCAGAAUGUUGCAGAUUGAGAAGCUAGUAACUUUUUGAAAAUUCAACCAAAAAGCCACAUGGAUGCAAUGUCGUUACAAUAAUAAUAUAUAAUGAAACGACAUCUAAACGUUGACCCAACCAAUUGUCUGCCCUGUCGGUUUGGCGAAUUUCAUUUGAAACUGAACCAUUAUUAAACCAUAAUACUGUCAGUAGCAGUGAGUCCCUUAGGCCUAGUCUUGCUAAUACCAGCUUCUCUACCCACAGCUCGCUGUGUAGUCACGUGGGUCGCGCGUCAGCCAGGUUAACUUAGGCCCUCCUCUCCUUCAAAACCUGCUACUCUGUAAAGAGUCCUCCUUAACCUUUCCCCAGGGCCGUUAUUUACUCACUGUGUCCUGUUGAUGUUUAUAAGGUGAGUGACGGUGAGUCACCACGUAGCAGCCAGCGCUCCUCCAAGCAGAGGACCCGGGUGAAGAAGAGGAGGUACGAAGACGACAGUUCUGACGAGGAGACGGUGCCCAGCAGACGCGGCGUUGAUGGCAUGGCAAUGCGACAUAAGGACGGUGGCCCUGCCUCAUCCUCCUCCUCCCGUUACUCGGGAGACGGGGGAGGCACGACGGGCUUCUCGCCUGCCAAGCACCGCCGCAUGACCACCCGCAACCAGCCUGACCUCACCUACUGCGAGUGAGUCUGACCUUUAGAUCAGUUAUCUCCUCAGUGUUAGUUGUUAUAGGACCACGAGAUUCCAUUACUGACCUCAGAUCAGUUCUUGUCACAGUGUUACACUGGUUUCUGUAGGACCAGUUCUAACUGGCGUGUUGUGUGUUUGUGUGUAGAAUCAUCCUUAUGGAGAUGGAGUCUCACGCUGACGCCUGGCCCUUCCUGGAGCCAGUCAACCCCCGCAUGGUGCCUGGCUACCGACGCAUCAUCAAGAACCCGAUGGACUUCCUCACCAUGAGGGAGAGGCUACUACAGGGAGGGUACAGGGCACUCCUUCACUCUCUGUCUGUGUGUCAGUCUACAACAUGACCCAAACUUCCAUAAGGAGGCCGGUUCCUUUCAUUUUCCACAAUGUUACUGAAAACCUGUAACCUUAUAUUUGACCUGUCUUUUUCCCCUCUCCUCCCCUGCUCCCAGGUACUGCAGCUGUGAGGAGUUUGCAGCGGACGCCCAUCUGGUGUUCAACAACUGCGAGCAGUUCAACGAGGACACGUCCGAGGUGGGCAUGGCCGGACACUCCAUGAAGCUCUUCUUCGAGAACCGCUGGGCCGAGUUCUACGAGAGCAAGGACAAAUAG